UGCUGGGAUGUUUACAUUACUGGCACUGAGCAGGAAUGGGGAGCAGCUGAGGCACAAUCCCUCAACACAAAUCACACUUUUCAACUAACUUUAGAAGUUCAGACGGUAAAAUUUUAAAUCCGAAUGGUAGGCUGCCACGCAGAAGCGGCCCACGAACUCCACUGCAGACCUUGAAAAAAGUAAUCGAAAAGGCAACCGCCAUCAGAAGUCCCAGCAGUGAAAACACACCACUUCCUGAGGUGAAAAGGACUCAACUCCUGUCACCAUGGAUGCACAACCACAAGGCCAGCAGGCUGCGGUUCCUCUAUUUCAGCCACAGAAGCCUUUGCAGCCAGAUAUGGGGCACAAUUCACUAGCAAAUUUUCAGAUUGAGAAGAAGAUUGGACGAGGACAGUUUAGCGAGGUUUAUCGAGCAAGAUAUUUGCUAGACAAUACAUCAGUAGCUCUGAAAAAAGUGCAGAUAUUCGACUUGAUGGAUGCCAAAGCUCGGCAAGAUUGCAUCAAAGAAAUAGAUCUCCUUAAGCAAUUGAACCAUCCAAAUGUAAUUAAAUAUUAUGCAUCAUUCAUUGAAGACAAUGAGCUAAAUAUAGUCCUGGAACUCGCAGAUGCCGGAGACCUUUCACGAAUGAUAAAGCAUUUCAAGAAACAGAAGAGGUUAAUUCCAGAGAGGACAGUCUGGAAGUAUUUUGUUCAACUUUGCAGUGCCUUGGAACACAUGCAUUCUCGGCGUGUCAUGCACAGAGAUAUAAAACCAGCUAAUGUGUUCAUUACUGCCACUGGGGUAGUAAAAUUAGGAGACCUGGGACUUGGUAGGUUCUUCAGCUCCAAGACUACAGCAGCACAUUCUUUAGUGGGUACCCCUUAUUACAUGUCUCCAGAGAGGAUACAUGAAAAUGGAUAUAACUUCAAAUCUGACAUUUGGUCACUAGGCUGCUUGCUCUAUGAGAUGGCUGCCCUGCAGAGCCCUUUUUACGGAGACAAGAUGAAUCUCUACUCUCUCUGCAAAAAGAUUGAACAGUGCGAUUAUCCACCCCUCCCUUCCGAUCACUACUCAGAAGAGCUGAGAAAGUUAGUAGAUAUGUGUAUCAACCCCGAUCCGGAGAAGCGACCUGAUAUAACCUACGUGUACGACAUAGCAAAACGGAUGCAGGCAAUUACACUUGGCAGCUAAGUCAUUCAUCAAGAAUGAAGAAAAAAGCAGAAAAGUUGAUAUUUUUCCGCAUCCGAUCUACUCCCCAAAGCGAGAACUGAUGGAGACGUACCAAGUCCUUCAAAUAUAUUUUAUCUCAUUUCCAUUGAGUACAACAUUACUUUAAUGAAGGCUGUAGAGGAUAAGCAACCGGUGUUGUUCUUAGGCAGUUUUUCCUUUCAACCAUUCAGACAUUACUUAAAUCGAUCAUAAGAUCAUUGAGAAUAAACAUUCAUUAGAGUUUGAAUACCACACUUUUAAUUUUCAUAACCAGAUUACUAUACAGCCUGCAUGUAUUGACUUACUCAUGUAAAGGAUCUUAAAUUCCUGUGCAGGUAUGGAAAAGCUUUUUUAUGUCUAUUUAUUGCUGAGUUUUUUUUUUUGUUCGUUUGACAUGUCGAAAUCAUCAGUUUUAUUUAAAUACCCUAAUGAGAAAUGCAAAGUCUAACUACCUUAGAGAAAUCUGCAAUAGCUGUGAUUUAGUAUUACACUGUCUACUUUAUAAAAAAUAAAUCUGGAUCCUGAUGUGGUGUGAAGCUACUUUUAUCUGGUACUGCAUUAAUUCAGUGGCGAUGUUCUGCCAGUUAAUAUUUUUUAAAACAUGUUUUUCAUUGGAUCUUUGAUCUGACCUGCUAUCGAUGAAGUCAUCUGUACAUGAUAGAUGUAAAAUAUUAAGAAAAGCAACAGAUUCCUAAUUUGGCUUUGUUUAUGGACUUGUUUUAGGCAUGAAUUACAAACCUGAAAUGCAUCCAGCCUGGAAUUAAAACAUUUGCCAAGAGUGAAGUAAUUAAUUUAAUUAAGUAGAUCACCUAUUCUGAUGUUGCUGUUGUCUUGAUCAUUUUACAUUGUUUUCCCAUAGGCCUUUCUGUAUUUUGAGCAUAUAUAAUUAAUGAUGAGUAAAUAAAGAAAUGCAAAAUAAAAAAACCUUAAAAGCAUAGAUUUUUUUUACUCCAAUAAUUGAUACAGUCUUGUUUUAAAGGCAUAUGGGCCUUUAGUUCCUUUGGUGCCUUACAGUUAUACCCUAAAAAGGGUAAUUGUAUAACAUCAUGAUUUUACCUCCAUGAUUGUGUUUCUUAGUCUAAACUAUUCAUUGUUGCUAAUUUUGUAAUUUUGCCUAUAGUGAAACUUGUUUUGUGUUACAAACUCCUGUAACUUAGUGUAUGAUUAGACAAACCUUAACAUUUUCACCCUAAAUUAUUAAAUAAAAGAGAUUUACUUUUGCUACAGGUUUCUGAUCCCUGAGGUUAUAGCCCUGUUAAAAAAGAUGCUAGCUAUCUAUAAGCCUCUCACCUACUCAGUAUUCAAUUCCUUACAAAAGUCUGUACAACACAUUAGCCCUAGGUACAUCUGUUUAACAUUAAAAUUCUAGAGGGCUCUCCUGUAUGAUUGUUUAUAGUCAUAUGAUAAUUUUUGCUAACAGUUACUUUCUCUUUGUUUUUGAAUCCAUAGCAAGGCUAUACUUGCUACAGACACAACGCUGGUGUUUUAAAAUAAGAAAAACUGGUCUAGAUGUACAGUAGGUGCUGCAAUAAGUCUUCCAUCAGAAAACCUUAAAUUAAUGUACGAUUGGGGAUUUUAGAAACAUCUGAAAGAACAUUAUCACAGCUCAUUAAAUUACCAGCAGCUGUAAAAUGACUGAUUACAAAUUUAAAUUAAUAAUGUCCCCUUCGAUACUAAUUAACUACGUAGAGAUUGCUUUUCAAAAACAUCCUAUAAUAUUGUAUUGGUUCUGCAUCUUACACUGAAUAAUCUUAUAGAAUAUCCAAAUUUUUUAGGGUUAUUAAGCCUUAAAGAUGUAGGCAGAUACUACUACUUCCAUUAGACUACAGCAGACUUCAUUAUAUAUUCAGUUCUUUAGUGUUUAGCACCUCCCAUUUGUUAAUGACUUUUAAAUUCACUGCAGAAGAAUGAAAAAAUCCAGUCUUACAUCUUCUAACAAAAAACAAGAAAGUAAUGUAACAUUUGAUAGUCUUUUCUGAAGUUCAUAUCAUAUUGUGAUUGCUUUUUACGUUUAUCACAGAUCAUUUAUCUAAAUUGGGUAUAACAAAAAAGUAGUUUAUCUGUCAUUCAGAUUCCUUUUAAAAUUACAAUAUUAACUACAUUGGAUUACAUUUUUUAGGAAAUUAAACUUGAAAGUAAUAUUAGAUUUAAAAAAGGCUCCAAGAAACACUAAUAUUUCAAUGUACUUCAAUGUAUUUUUUAACCUUCUUCGUGGUUCUCCAUCUGCAUAAUGGCAAUUUUGCAAUUAUGCAAUUUUUUAUCCUCACUCCAAAUUCCCAGGUUUUGUAACUGAAAUUGAACACAUGCAUGCUUAUGUGAGUUUGUUCCAUGAGAUGUAAUUCACAGGUUUAGUGUCAUGUAAAAAGAUGCAUAAUAAUAAUGCAGAUCACUUUUGUAGGAACUAAAGGUAGUUCUGCAUUACAGAUGUUCCAACACUCAGUACAGUAACAAGCCUUUGCACAGUUGGUUGGUAAUAGGUAUGAAUAAAAUAAAAAUGAGCAUUAGAAAACUAACUAUUUAGAUCAGCGUAACAUUAGCAUCUUCACAUGUAACUUAUUUAGUACUGUUUCUCUGCUAAUAUUUCCACGUGUAGUCUCAAUGAGCAUAGCUCGUUAUAUUAAUUUACAUUCUAGGGCAAAGAAUAGAAGGAAAGUAGGAAUUAUUAACAUUGGAGUUAAAUAUCGGACUACCUUUUAUGUGGUUGAUAUUGCUCUCAACAGCAAUCCAUUAGCAAAUUUACAUUAGUCUUCAUUUAUUACUGGACAAUACCGGUAGGUACUUUUCCUUUUUUUAAUUGUUGCCUCUUAAAAUGACACAUUUUCUAUUUAUUAUAGCUUUUGUGGUUCUUAAAAAAAAAUGAGAUGCCUGAUUCAUGUUAUUGUAUCUGGUACAUCCCCAUCCGAAGACAUUCUGGCGUGUUGCCUUACUUUUGUAGCUGAUACUGUAUUGUCAGAACAUGUAUUAGACAGUUGUGGGUUCUAAUACUAGACUUAUAGGCAUCCCUGGGGUUAAAAUGCUUAUAAGUAGCCCUUUUAUAAAACAUUAAGUACUUGCAUUCUAGCUAAUAUUUUGCUGAUCAGAUACUGCAAAGCACCAUUGUCUGCAAAUUGUAGGUGUUGCUGUGAUUAUACCACAUGUAUCUUGGUAUUUAUUUUAACAACAACAAUAGGUAAAAAUGUUAUAAAUGUAUUAAAAUGUUUAUUAUUCUAAUUGAAUGUAUUAUGUUGUAACCAAUGCAUUUUUUUCUGUUUUAUUCUUGUUUUGGUAGUACUGUAACAGUGUUGAUUCCUGUUAACCUGUUGCCUUGAAAAGUAAUGUAUUUUUGUUAUGCUUAAAUAUAGACACUGAAACAAGUUAUGUUAGUUUCAUGUGCUGUUGUUAUAAGUAUAUACAUUUUCCAAAAGCAACACCUUAAAAAAAAACUCAAAAUUCCAUGAAGUUGACAGUGGAACCAAGGUACACAUUUUCACAUACAGUACGUGAAUUUUCCUGUGCAUUUUACUGCACACAUGUAUGUGUUUUGUUUAGUUACGAAAACAGAAAACAGUGACACCAAAGAACGUUAUUUGGAAACUUAAACCUAGUUUUUAGUUUAAGUUUCAGUGCUUUUUGUCUCAAAACCAUUGUAGUUCCAUUUUAUUUUAGUUUCCUUUGUAUUGCAAAAUUGGUUUCAUAAUUAAACAUGUCAAGAUUAGUUGACAUAUACUGUAUAAUGACAGUAUAGAAAUAAAAUCUUUCAAUUGCUCUUGAUUGCUUUCAGAGUUCUUUUAUUAGGAAACUGCCUUUGUUUCUGAGGUUAAAAGUGUGCGUCUUUACAUUUAAAGAAUUGUGAUCUGUAAAUGCAGAAAUUUAUAUAUAUGAUCACGUGGACAAGCAUAUAUAUAUAUGUAAUCCUUGUAAUAUGGUUCUAAUCUUAUAGUAAGGAAGUAAUGUAAAGCACCGUUUCCAAUGUGUUUUUAAACAAUACAUCACAUUUUUUUACUUA